CCAUCUCCUGAUACCGCAUCCGGUUCCACCAGUCCUCCAGACACGGGAGUUGACAUAUCAUCUACCGACUAUGCACAUAGGCGUAGAGAGCUCAUGAAAAUGAUGGCUGACCUCAAAUCCAUGGGUGCCGAGGCGCUCAUCGACUUACCAUCCGUAGUCGUCAUUGGUGGCCAAUCAGCGGGUAAAAGCUCACUCGUUGAAGCCGUCAGUGGGAUCAAUGUCCCGCGGGACAGCGGAACAUGUACAAGAUGCCCCAUGGAAUGUACAAUGUCUAGUCACGCCACGUCAUGGUCCUGCUCUAUCACUUUACGAUUGAGCUUUGAUAGUAGCGGUAAAGACAUGGCAAAGACUGUUACAGUGCCCUUUGGUCGAACGAUUACUGACAGAAAUGAGGUCGAGGUUUGGCUGCGUCGUGCCCAGUCAGCCAUUCUCAACCCGAACCUCCCUUCUUCGAGUUUCCACACGAAGACCAUCGAGGAACUCAGGAGCACAAAGAACACACUAAAGUUCUCCCGAAACGUGGUGUGUGUCUCCAUUGAAGACCCCGAUGCGACAGACCUGUCCUUCUAUGAUCUACCGGGUUUGAUUCAGAAUGAAGAAGCCGAGACUGUUGCCCUCGUGAAAGGUUUGGCGGAACAUUACACUAAGAAAAAGAACACCAUCAUAUUGACUACCAUUCCCAUGAGUGAUGAUAUGGAAAAUCAACAAUCCAUGAGUCUUGCCAGGGCCGCAGACCCUGACGGAAAGCGAACAAUUGGUGUCCUUACUAAACCUGACACGCUCGGUACCGGUGCUAUCAACCAACGCAGAAGAUGGGUAGAAAUCAUCGAGGGUCGUUCGGAGGACCAUAAAUUGAGGCACGGCUUUUACUGUGUGCGUCUUCCUGACGAUGCCGAACGCUCGCAACGCCUGUCUCGUGCUGAAUUGCAAAGGCGUGCUGCUGAAUAUUUCGAUACAACGUCUCCCUGGAAUGGUGUGACCGACCGUCAUCGGUUCGGAAUUCCAGGUUUUGUUUCGGAUGUCAGCCGACUGCUCAUCCAGCUGAUCGAGGAAGCUUUACCACGCCUCAGAGAAGAUAUCGACAAGCUCCUUGCCCAAUGUAACAAGGAACUCGAUGGAUUACCCCCGCCACUUGCAGAUGACCCACAGAUCGAGGUUUUGGGACGUGUUAAUACAUUUUGCGACGUCUUCAAGGGCUAUGUGAAUGGAAGUCACGAAGACAAACGUCUUGCGCAGCGGAAUCGCGCACUCUAUGCCAUCUUUAAAAGGGAUAUACGCGGCACUGCUCCUGACUUUAGGCCUCUUGAAAAUCCGGAAGAUUGUCGUCCACUGGAUGAUACCGAGGGGAAGAUGAUUCUUACUGAACGAGAUCCUGGAGUGAAAACGAUGGGUAUAUAUGAGAUCAGCAAAGUUAUCCAAGAGGCAAUUGGAUGGGAGCUUCCAAACAACGUACCAUAUCAAGCAAAGGCGAACCUCAUCGCUGGAUUCAUCAAACUCUGGGUUGCUCCGUCUGAGCGCUGUCUCGCUGGCGUCAAUGAUGUGCUCGACCAAGUCAUUGACACACUCAUUGGCAUCCAUUUUGGACGCUUCAGAGUCCUUGAGGGUUAUGUUGGUAAUUUGAUCAGAACUCAGGUUGAUAUCUGCAAGGCGCUCGCCAAAGAAGCCGUCAAAAAAGCUUUGGAUUUGGAAACUACCCCAUACUAUACUCAAAACACGCACUAUCUUCAAACACUCAGCGAAAAAUGGCUGGCCUACUAUAAGGUAGUUCGCCAUGGACCCAAGAAUUAUCGCGCACCGGUUGCAUCUGAGUAUCGCGGCGAGUCUCCCCAGUCCAAAGCUUUGAGGGCUCUUGCAGAGGCUGGGUAUGCAAAUAUUAGCAUACCAGAUCUUGCGCGUCUGUUACCUCCCGACUCGCGCGAGAAAGAGCUAAUUGUGAUGGCUGAUGUUCGGGCUUAUUAUCACGUUGCCUACAAGCGCGUUAUUGACCAUAUUCCUCUGACGAUCGAGCAUGCCCUCCACCAUGCCCUGGCGGAACAACUGUCGCAGAGCCUUCUUACGAGCUUGCUGACCGAUGUUGCAUCUGGGUCCAAUUUCUCAGAGCGUAUGAACGAGUUGGUCAGCGAAGACCCUUCUAUUGCUCAGAAACGAGCAUCGCUCUCCACAAGGAAACAACGCCUAUCAGACAUUCGCCGGAGACUCGUGACUUUCGGCAAUAAUGUUUAAUUGCUGCGAGGGGGUUACGAUGUAUUUUUGUCUGUUAGACUUCCGUGCAAAUAUAGAUCUUCCGUUUUGUUGACCUCCUGUUGACCUCUG